AUGUUGACAUUAGCUAUAGGAGAUAUAUACAUUCCUGAUAGGGCUUUUGAGCUUCCUCAAAAGUUUCGUAAAUUGCUUUGUCCAAAUCCCAAUACAAUUCCAACUAAUAAUAAACUUUCGAAAGUUCUAUGCUUAGGGAACGUAAUUAACUCAUAUGACACAUUAAAAUUCCUAUAUGACUUAUCUCCAUCAUUUAAUAUGGUAAGGGGCGAGUUUGAUAGUCCACAGAUAUUAUCACAGCAAAUUGCAUCAUUAAAUGGUAAGGAACCUCAAAUCCCCACGUAUAACAUAAUCCAGCACGACAACCUCAAGAUUGGGUUCACAAAUGGCUAUUUAGUUGUUCCCAAGAAUGAUCCUCUCGCUUUACUGACAUUUGCGAGAGAAAUAGAUGUUGAUAUUUUGAUCUGGGGUGGCACGCAUAAAGUAGAAGCCUAUACUUUGGAUGGGAAGUUUUUUAUAAAUCCAGGAAGUGCUACAGGAGCAUACAACUUUGACUGGCCUGAAAAGGAAGAAGCUAGUGAAGAUGAAGGAGAAGGUCCCGAAGAUUCUAAGGAGGAGAAUCCUGAAUCGUUAAAGGUCGAAAACAAAGAGAAAGAAACAGACAACACAAUAAAAAAAAAUGAUGAAAAUAAUAUCGAUAAGAAGGAUGAGACAGAGAAUAAUGAACUGGAAAAUAAACAAGAUAUGAGCAAAGAAGUAAAUGAAUCUAAGGAAAAAGGCGAUGCUGACUCAAAGGAUGAGGAAGCUGAAACGAACAAGGAAGAUUCUAAAGAUGCAAGUGAAAAUGAUAUAAACUUAAUAGAAGAAGUAAAAGAGUUGACAUCCGCUAUUCCUUCGUUCUGCUUAUUAGAUACACAUGAUUCAACUUGUACAUUGUAUAUUUACACAUAUUUUCAUGGGGAAGUCAAGGUUGACAAAGUUACGUACCAAAAGGAAUAA